AUGGAGGAGACUCAUAGAGUACCGGACGAUGCGCCGUGUGCCGUCAACUUGACCAUGUUCCAAGGCUUCGAAUGGCAUCUCCCCGCAGACCACCAGCACUGGGCCCGACUGGCAAGGGCAAUACCGGACCUUGCCACACUGGGCAUCACGAGUAUGUGGAUUCCGCCCGCCGCCAAGGGCAUGUCGCCCGUGAGCACAGGAUACGACACGUACGAUCUUUACGAUCUGGGCGAGUUCGAUCAGAAGGGAGCAAAGCACACAAAGUACGGAACGAAGGACGAGCUCGCGCGGCUGGUGGAUGCGGCCAACGGUCACGGCGUCGGCAUCAUAUUCGAUGCUAUCCUCAACCACAAGGCCGGAGCAGAUCGCAGCGAGGUGGUCUCGGCUGUCAAGGCCGCGCCAGAUCGUCUGAAAGACAUCAGCAAGCCACAGCGGGUUGAGGCGUGGACCGCGUUCGACUUUGCGGGCCGCCGAGAAAAGUAUAGCGCUCUGAAGUGGAACAAAGAUCACUUUAACGGUGUGGAUUGGGACCAAAGGUCCAAGUCGAACGCGAUAUGGAGACUGGAUGGUAAGAAGUGGGCUCGCGACGUCGACGAAGGAAAUGGCAAUUACGAUUUUCUCAUGUUUUCAAACAUAGAUCACAGUCACCCUGAAGUUCGCGCCGAUCUAUACCGUUGGGUUGAGUGGCUUGGGUCACAGCUUAAACUUGGCGGGCUACGCCUGGAUGCCGUCAGACACUUCUCAGCGUCUUUCCUCCGCGACCUGAUGCGACACAUCGAUACAUCAGUUGGCCAAGAUUGGUUCGUGGUCGGGGAAUACUGGAGGGGCAAUGUGGAAGUGCUCUCCGCCUACGUCGAGUAUAUGAACUACCGGCUCUCUUUGUUCGACGUCCCCUUGGUAGAGGGCUUUUAUAAGGUCUCUACUGGUGCCGAACCAGAUAUACGCAGGCUUUUCGAUGAUAGUUUGGCUGCUAUAAAGCCGGCGAACACGGUUACUAUAGUUACAAAUCACGAUACCCAACCCGGCCAAACUAUGGAGAUGCACGUGGAGCCUUUCUUUAUCCCUAUCGCUUAUGCCAUCAUUCUUCUCUGCGCAGACUUCGGACUGCCAUGCGUCUUCUGGGGAGACAUCUACGGUAUUCGAGGGCCUCGCCGUCCGCAGCCACCUCCUCAGGACGGAUUGAUGGUGCCGCGGCUCAUGCUAGCACGGAAGUUUUGGGCUUAUGGGACUGAGAUGUCCUAUUUUUCCGACUCGAAGACUUGCAUUGGUUUCACGAGGUUUGGCCAUCCCUCGCGGUCUGGAGGAGCUGGUCUGGCGGUCACUGCAAACAUUGGCUGGCGUUGUGAUGAGAAGCGAAUGUGUGUUGGGAGGCAGCACGCAGGUGAGCGAUGGGCAGAUGUACUCGGGAAGGCUUGGGGAGAGGUUUGCAUCGACGACGCUGGCUAUGGAGUUUUCCCUGUCGCGCCGCGAGGGGUGAGUGUCUGGACAAACAAGGCGGCCGAGAACUGGGACAUGGUCGGCGCGUUCAUUUUGUGAGUAUGCCCAACGUUCUCUGUCUCCGUUUGCAAUUCCCUCA